AUGGCAUGGCCUGGUGUCUGCAUGUCGUCAGCCGAGGCCUUCAGCACCGCCUCCAAGUUCCGCUCCAUUAACGCUCCAAGUUCCAAAGUGGACUUGGGCGAAGAAGGACGUGCCGUGGUGAUGGCCAUGUUGCUCUGCUCCGCUGGCUUCCUGAGCGUCACCUUCUUCCUCCUGUUGGUUUGCUGCCUCUUGGACACAGCUCUCAGCUGGAAACACCGAGCUACGUACUACGCCUGCCGGCAGAAGGUCCAGCAGGUUCAGGAGGCGCUGAUGAAGGGCAAGGAGGACCUCUCCUUGUGCCCAUGUUGCGUGGAAACCACCCAGUAUACUCAGCCGCAGAAGAAGGUGAAGUUCAUCUGCGGCCACGGGUAUCACCUGCACUGCGUCAACCGCUGGUUCCAGGAGCACCCGAACUCCGUCGGCUCCUGCCCGGUCUGUGAGGGGGAGAGUGCCGGAGGUGAUACGCCCAGGGACGAGGCCCAGACCUUCAUCCUGCACAGCCUGCACAGGCGCUUUCCGAGCAUCAUCACCAAGGAGUGCAUGGACAGCUGGGAGGGCUGCAAUGCUGAGCUCUGGCUCACCGUCCUAAAAUGCCCCAGGUACAGCUCUCUCUUCAGCAAGGUCUUCGCGCGAGAGUGA